AUGACGGCCACAGCUGCAGUGGAGACACCAAAAAUGGAGAAGAGUGCUUCCAAGGAAGAGAAGCAACAACCAAAGCAGGAGGACAGCACAGACCGAGGCAAUGCUGAUCCUGAAGAAUGGGUGAACUCUGAGAGUGACCCUGAACAGAUGAGCUUUAUGAGUGGCCACAACAGCUACCAAUCUGCAGAUAUUCAGUUGAAGAAGAAAGAGAUGCCCUCCAAGCCACAUCGCCCGCUCUGUCGGUCACCCUGCCUGGACCGGCCAAGCUUCUCCCAGAGUAGCAUUUUACAGGAUGGGAAGCUAGACUUGGAGAAAGAAUACCAAGCCAAGAUGGAUUUUGCUCUCAAGUUAGGCUAUGCAGAAGAACAAAUUCAAUCAGUGCUUAAUAAACUAGGCCCAGAAUCACUUAUUAAUGAUGUUUUAGCAGAGCUUGUCAGAAUUGGAAACAAAGGUGAUUCAGAAGCACAAGUCAACUUAAGUCUGUUAUUGCCCCGAGGAGCUAGCUCCAGAGAGAUUGGAAGCCCUGAAUUGUCUCUUGAAGAUGAAAUAGACAAUACUGAUAAUUUAAGACCAAUUGUUAUUGAUGGAAGUAAUGUGGCAAUGAGCCAUGGGAAUAAAGAAGAAUUCUCCUGCAGAGGAAUACAACUUGCUGUGGAUUGGUUUCUAGACAAAGGCCAUAAAGAUAUCACUGUAUUUGUACCAGCAUGGAGAAAGGAGCAAUCCCGCCCUGAUGCACCAAUUACAGAUCAAGAUAUUCUACGUAAACUGGAGAAGGAAAAGAUUCUCGUCUUCACACCAUCCCGAAGGGUCCAAGGCAGAAGGGUGGUCUGCUAUGAUGAUCGGUUCAUAGUCAAAUUGGCUUUUGAUUCUGAUGGCAUCAUUGUAUCCAAUGAUAACUACCGAGACCUUCAAGUUGAAAAGCCAGAAUGGAAGAAGUUUAUAGAGGAACGGUUGCUGAUGUAUUCUUUUGUGAAUGAUAAAUUUAUGCCGCCAGAUGACCCUCUUGGACGUCAUGGUCCAAGCCUUGAGAAUUUCUUAAGAAAGAGACCUGUGGUUCCUGAGCAUAAAAAGCAACCGUGUCCUUAUGGCAAAAAAUGUACCUACGGCCACAAGUGCAAAUACUAUCAUCCGGAGCGGGCCAACCAACCGCAGCGUUCGGUGGCUGAUGAGCUCCGCAUCAGUGCCAAACUGUCCACAGUGAAAAUAAUGAGUGAAGACACCCUGGCCAAAUGUGGCACAGGGAUGUCUACUGCCAAAGGUGAGAUAACCCCAGAGAUCAAACGUGUGGCCUCCAAGCGCCAAUCAGAUCCCAGCAUCCGGUCUGUGGCUGUAGAGCCUGAGGAGUGGCUGUCCAUUGCCCGUAAACCUGAAGCCAGUUCUGUCCCUUCACUUGUGACCGCUUUAAGUGUCCCUACAAUCCCUCCCCCCAAAAGCCAUGCAGUGGGUGCACUCAACACCCGUUCAGCCAGCAGCCCAGUGCCAGGGUCCUCCCAUUUUCCCCAUCAAAAGGCCUCUUUGGAACACAUGGUCAGCAUGCAAUAUCCACCUAUCCUGGUUACCAACAGCCAUGGUACCCCUAUUAACUAUACUGAGCAAUACCCAAAAUUUGAGACCAUGGGGGACCAUGACUACUAUUCAGUGUUAAGUGACUUCUCCAAACUGAGCAUCAACAACAUGCAUAAUCAUGAAUAUUAUAUGGCUGAGGCAAACCAGGGGGUAUAUGUUCGUAAUCCCGGCCUAUGUACCGACAGUCACAUGAGCCAUACCAGGAAUGACAACUAUUCCUCUUACAACAACCUGUACUUGGCUGUAGCUGAUGCCCAUCCUGAAGGCACUUUGAAGCUGCACCGCUCAGCAUCUCAUAACCAUCUUCAGCCUUUUUCCCACGGUUACCAUGAAGCCUUAGCAAGAGUUCAAAGUUAUGGUUCAGAAGAUUCCAAGCAAGCACCCCACAAGCAGUCAGUCCCUCACUUAGCUCUGCACACCCAGAAUUCAGCAGCUGGAGCACACUCUAGCUGUCCUGGAGACUACACCAUGCCUUCCAAUAUCCAUCCUGUGGGACCCUCCCAGCCAGGCCGUGCUCUGGUGAUGACUCGGAUGGACAGCAUUUCUGACUCCCGCCUCUAUGACAGCAACCCCAUGAGGCAAAGGCGGCCUCCUCUGUGCAGGGAACAGCAUGCUAGCUGGGACCCAUUGCCUUGUACAACCGACUCCUAUGGAUACCACUCCUAUCCCUUAGGUAACAGCCUCAUGCAACCAUGUUAUGAACCAGUCAUGGUAAGGAGCAUGCCUGAAAAAAUGGAGCAACUUUGGAGGAAUCCUUGGGUUGGAAUGUGCAGUGAUUCUAGGGAGCAUAUGAUACCAGAGCAUCAAUAUCAGACGUACAAGAACCUCUGCAACAUCUUCCCUUCUAACAUUGUUCUUGCAGUGAUGGAGAAGAAUCCCCACACAGCAGAUGCUCAACAACUGGCAGCCUUGAUUGUUGCUAAGCUGAGGGCUGCACGUUGA